AUGGCCGCGACCAUCAAAGCAAUCAACGCGCGGAUCCGCUCCAACAAGGUUCUGGAUUACUUCUGCUCAACACAUUUCUGGGGUCCAGCUUCGAAUUUUGGCAUUCCUAUCGCCGCGGUGUUGGAUACACAGAAGGAUCCUGAAAUCAUCUCCGGCAAAUUCACCGCCGCAUUGACCGUUUACUCGGGCACAUUCAUGCGCUACGCCCUGGCCGUGACGCCCAAGAACUACCUCCUUUUCGCGUGCCAUUUCGUCAACUUCAACGCGCAGCUCACGCAGGGGUACCGGUGGUAUGAUUACUGGUAUGGCUCCGGCAAGGAGAAAUGGGCCAAGAUCCACGCGGAGCGGGCCAAGAAUGACCUCGAGGGCACGGUCGACAAUCUCGCGAGCCAGACAAAGGUGAAGGUCCAGGAUGCGGUGCAGGAGGUCAAGAAGACGGUGUCGUAG